ACGAAGCACCGCCCAGGUUUUUGCUCCCCGCUACGCAGGGAGAGUUGCAGCAGUAGCGUUCUACAGUGCCUACGUUACCAUCACAAUUUUAGUGCAUGCAAAGACCCCUACUCCUAAUGAAAAACGGCAUUCAAGUCGGCAAAUCAGGAAACUAGCGGACUACGGGUGUCAGAGUGGAAGGGGAACUAACGGUGCAGACUCUGAUGAUGAUGAGGAUGAUGAUGUUGAUCAGUGGAGGAUCCAUCGUCAGCGCUGAGGCAGUAUGGGAUCAUGUCACCAUGGCCGACAGGGAGUUGGCAUUUAAGGCAGGGGAUGUCAUCAAGGUCCUCGAUGCAUCAAAUAAGGACUGGUGGUGGGGACAGAUUGAUGAUGAAGAAGGAUGGUUCCCAGCCAGCUUUGUGAGGGUUGAACCCCACCCACCACAACCUCAAACAAAACAGGUUUUCUAUAUCAACCCUAUAGCAGCUCCAAGGUUCCAAAACACAACUACCAAGCUGUGGGUGAACCAGGAGGAGAGCACGACGGUAGAGACAGUUGAGGGGGCUAGCCCCAGCCCCAGUGAGGUCCAGAAUGGACAUGCGGAGGCCAGCCCCAGCAGCAGCGACUGUCUUUGCCUGGGCCAAACCGUCCAGAACAGAGACCAGAUGAGGGCCAAUGUAAUCAACGAGAUCAUGAGCACAGAGCGUCACUACAUCAAACACCUGAAGGACAUAUGUGAGGGUUACUUCCGGCAAUGUAAAAAAAGAAGAGACAUGUUCAAUGAUGACCAGUUGAGGGUCAUAUUUGGGAACAUUGAAGAUAUCUACAGGUUUCAAAUGGGCUUUGUCAGAGACCUGGAGAAGCAGUACAAUACAGAAGAACCUCAUCUCAGUGAAAUAGGUCCCUGCUUCCUAGAGCAUCAAGAUGGCUUUUGGAUCUACUCAGAGUACUGCAACAACCACGUGGAUGCCUGCAUGGAGCUCUCUCGGCUGAUGAAGGAUGGCCGCUAUCAGCAUUUCUUUGAGGCGUGUCGCCUGGUGCAGCAGAUGAUUGACAUCGCCAUUGAUGGCUUCCUGCUCACGCCUGUCCAGAAGAUCUGCAAGUACCCUCUGCAGCUGGCAGAGCUUCUCAAGUACACUGUCCAGGAGCACAGUGACUACCGUUACGUCGCUGCAGCGCUGGCUGUCAUGCGGAACGUCACUCAGCAGAUUAACGAGAGGAAGCGUCGCCUGGAAAACAUUGACAAGAUAGCACAGUGGCAGGCGUCUGUGCUGGACUGGGAGGGGGAUGAUAUUCUAGACAGGAGUACAGAGCUGGUCUACACUGGGGAGAUGUCAUGGAUCUACCAGCCAUAUGGGCGGAGUCAGACCAGGGUCUUCUUCCUGUUCGACCAUCAGAUGGUUCUGUGUAAAAAGGACUUAAUACGACGAGACAUCCUGUACUACAAGGGCCGCAUGGAUAUGGACAGGUACAAUUUAGUUGAUGCUGUGGAUGGGCGAGAUGAUGACUUCAAUGUGAGUGUGAAGAAUGCGUUCAAGCUGAGUAAUAAGGACUCAGACGAGAUCCACAUCUUCCUGGCCAAGAAGCUGGAGGAGAAACUUCGCUGGCUAAAAGCUUUUCACGAGGAACGCAAGAUGGUGCAAGAGGAUGAAAAAAUAGGGUUUGAGAUAUCAGAGUAUCAGAAGCGACAAGCAGCGAUGACAGUGCGAAGAAUGACCAAACAAAAAGGCCAUAGAUCUGUGCCCCCUGGAUACCCCCCUCCUAUGGACCCCAUGAAUCCAGGACAGUACUUGGUAGGAGACGGCAUGGAACAAUCAGAAUUUGAAUUCCCUGAACCUGAAAGGUGCAAGUCUCCCUUCUGGCAGAGCUUCAGCAGGUUAACUCCCUUUAGGAAAUAGAGAAGAGAUAUAUUUUAGAAAGACCACCUUAUUUUUUUGAGAAGCACCAUUGUAUUUCAAUUGUGACUCUUAGGGGAAAGCUGAACACGAGUAUUUGGAUUGUCAAACAUUUAGCUUGUGAGCAUCUCAUUGAUGACUGUACUGUUGUAAUCACUUUACCUGUAUGACUGCAAUGACAACUACCAACACAACUACCACAGCGAAUGACCACACCUUUGGAACCUGAGAGAAACCAAAACACCUUCCUAUCUCUUGAUCUGUGAGAAUAUUUUUGUGACCUCUACUAAUCCUUGGACAAUGGAAAAGGGAACCGUGAGUUUCAAGGAAAAACUAACAGAACAUUUGUGUCCACAUUUAAAACUGAGGAAGCACUAGUCAUACAUUGAUCUUUAUGCCAAAUCUGGUUGUGUCCUACAGUUCACUGUGACCUUAAUGGGCAUUUUAUGAGUUAUUGUUUUAUUUAUUUUUUCAAGUAAAAUGCUGGCCAGAUUCAUCAGUCUUGUAUUGUUUUUGAGUAUUUAUUUCCAUUUUAUUUGUGUUAAUUUAAAAUGCAUGAUGAAGUCCAUUGUAGGUAUUUAUUGUGCAAUUAUAUUCUUACGGGUCAAAGGGAAAAGAGAAUCCGCAUCAUCAACUUCAGUGUGACUCAUUCCAAUACAUCUUCUAUUGUUGACAGGGUAUAUAUGUUGUAUAUAUUUUUAUUACAUGUAGGUACUUAAGUCUGAUAGGAAUAUCAUCUCGUGGUGUUCUCUUAAAUAGUCAUUCACACUGAUUUUUCAAAACCAGGAUGGUAGUUUGAGACAUGAUAUUACAGUAGGCUAUAUUCAGCUAUCAUUGCAUAGUGCUUUCUUUACCACCGGGCACCUCAGUCAUUGUAGAAUAAUAUGUGGUUAUAGUUGCACUUACCUAAGAUCCAUCUGUGAUUUCAUCAGGUAGAAGAGUCUGCACGAAUGCCUUUCACUCACCCAAGUCAUUUAACGAAGAUUGUGAUCGCAUAAGUUUCAGAAAUAAAAAGGCCUACCAUAAAAUUAUUUGACGAUAGUUCCAUAAAUGACGAUGGUUAAACCCCUAUUCAUUGGCUUUAUUUUCAUGUGAUAUUCAUUCUUGAUAGUGAAAUAAUACCACUUUAAGGUAGCCAAACUACAGUUAAAACAUCUUGGUAGUCUUUUUCCUGUGGUGGCUUUCAUAGUGCCAGCACAAUGUUAUGACAUGACUGAUUUUACGCCUGUCAUUGCAGGUUAAAUCCUUCGAUUGCUCUGCCACCAGGCUUAGAUGAAGCAGAAGAUGGGGAACAUUUCAGGGGGAUUCCAGUGUGUUUUUUUUAGGCAUUAUGAUGGCUACUUCAACAACAAAGUUAUACCAGAAUUUCACAUGAAAAAUGCAAAGGAAAUGCUGGUGGUCAAGCUUGUUAUCUAUAUUUGUAUUCAAAGGGUGAAAACAAUUUUUAAAAGGAUAUUUAUUUAUAUGCCUAAAAAAUCAACUAGGAUUUAAUACAUUGCAUUAGAUACUGUAUAAAAGCGCAAUAUGAAAGUGUGCAGUAAUAUUGAAGGGAAAAAAAAACACUUUAAAUAUUAAGGCAUUUUCUCUUGAUGAACUGAUAUGGAACAUUCAUACAUUUAUUUUAAAAAGUGCAUUUUCUAAUGAAAACAAAUGCUUAAAUAUCUGAAUUGAUAAGUUGUUUAAUUUCAUUUUUGGUUUUAUUGAUAAUUAUGGAUGAUUUAUCAUAAAUUUUGUGACUAUGGCUUGGAAUAAAUCCAAAUGCGUUAACAUGAUUGUUUCCUUCUUAAUAAUUGAAGUUGUGCAGUACCCUGUUAGGUGUUAAUAGAUGUGCAUUAACAAAUUCUAAUGAGAGGGAUAACCACCAAGAUUAUCUAAAUUCAUUUCUCUCUGCCAGGUGUUUGUUUACUUUUUCCUCAAAUAAUCACCAUAUCUCCUUAUCUUUCCUUCUUAAUGUACCAAAAGACAGUCUAAUGAAGCACACCAACCUGUAAGAGAAGUCAUGUAUAAGAUCUACUAUUAAAGAAUUACCAUUAAUGUGUAAA